ACAGGUGCCCAUCUUACCCCUAAUCUUGCGGAGUUGGUCUGUUCCAACUCGCUCGGAUCUGAUCUUCCAGACCGUGCCUCCGGCACUCUCAAGGCAGAAUUGCGCCGGCUGGGAUCGAUGCUACUGGAGUGUGCCUAUAAAACGGCGUUGCCUGCGGGGAGUGCGCUGGCGGUAGACCGUGAGGCUUUCGCGCAGCUCAUAACGACGCGAAUCUCGAAUCACCCCAAAAUUGAAGUGGUGCGAAAAGAGGUUACUACCCUCCCUGACGAACCUACUAUCAUUGCUUCCGGCCCACUGACCUCGCCAAGUCUCUCAAAUGCCAUUGCUGCUUUGAGCGGACAGGAACACCUUUACUUCUUCGACGCCAUUGCGCCGAUUGUGAGCCUAGAGUCAAUCAAUAUUGAGGUAGCCUUCCGCGCUUCACGUUAUGGGCAUGGCGAACAGGUGGAGGGUGAUUACAUCAACUGUCCGAUGAACCGUGAUGAAUAUGAUGCCUUCGUCGCUGCGUUAAUCGGUGCUGAGCGGAUUAAGUUGGAAUCUUUCGAGCAGGAACAAUUCUUUGAAGGGUGUUUACCUGUUGAAAUUUUAGCAGGUCGCGGUCAUGAGAGCUUGGCUUUUGGUCCGAUGCGUCCGGUGGGGUUGACCGACCCGCGUACCGGGCGGCGUCCUUACGCGGUAGUACAACUGCGCCAAGACAACCUUGCCGGCACGCUCUUUAACAUGGUCGGUUUUCAAACGAACCUAAAGUUUCCUGAACAGAAGCGAGUUUUCCGCAUGAUUCCUGGGCUUGAAAAAGCUGAGUUCGUGCGCUAUGGACAGAUGCACCGCAACACCUUUAUUGAUGCACCGACACUAUUAUGUCCCACGCUACAGUUCCGUGGGCGAGAAAAUCUCUUUUUUGCAGGUCAGAUUACGGGCGUUGAAAGCUACAUGGGCAACAUCGCAACGGGUUUGCUCGCCGGCUGGAAUGCCGCACGCCUCCUACAUGGUCAAGCCCCAUUCUCUCUGCCGCCCACCACUAUCCUCGGUUCUCUGUGCCAUUAUGUGACCCACGCGUUAGUCCUGCUGAUUUUCAACCGAUGA